CCCGGCAACUGUAAAGAGGAGCAAUUUGUAACUUGACUGCAAAGUUUUUCUGCUCAACGAGCUGUGCAUUCCUUAAGAACAUGAGAGGUUCACGUCUCACCGUGUCUCACCAGGAGGCACUCGAGGCCCCGGUCCAAAUGUGAUGGCUACACCCAAAACAAGGUGGGUUCUGUCCAUCUUGGUGAUCAGUGUCUCUGCUGUAGCACCAGGUCCCCCGGUUCCUCCCUCUAAUCCUGAGUGCUUUAGACCAUGUGAUGAGACAGGCUGCCAGGUGGACAUACAGUGCACUUGGGAUUCAAACCCAGACCCUGAGAUCCCCACGAACUACACCCUGCACUGGGAGCCAGCAAAUAGCAAGAAUGAGGAUGUGUAUGGUGGGACCAGUCUAAACGGUCACAUUCUUCGACAGGACUUCUCUGGUGAAGGAGAACUUCGUGUUUGGGUCGAAGCAAGCAACCAGUAUGGUUCUGCCAAAUCUCAGGAGGUCGUCUUUAACGCAGGAGAUAUCACUAAGCCACCACCUCCUGUAAUCAUAGCAACUGAACAGGAGCCAUUAGAGAUUACGUGGAACGAUUCCUGCAUAGAGCUGGAGUCUUCUGGAUCCUGUGACAUCCGAUAUCGGAAAGAGGAAGACGAAGACUGGCCACAGCAAGAGAAUGGAGUACAAGGCAGUUACACAGUGGUCGACACUGAGCCUUUCGCAGUUUACGAAUUCCAAGUUCGAUGUACCUGCGGCACAGGAUUAGCGAGCGCCUGGAGUGAAAUCUACAGAAUCAGGAGUGCAGAGUCAGACCCUGUCGGAGAGGUGGAUGUAUGGAGGGACUGUGGGAUUUCCCCUACAAGCUCUGACUGUGUUCUGACUUGGAAGAAUCUCUCUAUCUCUCAAGCUCGUGGGUUCAUUCUUGGAUAUGAACUCAGACUUUCCUACAGCAGUGGCCCUGCCUCGCUGAUUAACGUGUCCACAACUGAGCCAAGCAGCCAAUAUGUGCAUGAUAAGAUGAAAUGGCACCUCACCUACCCUCUAAAGGAUGUGUCAUCAGUCAGCAUAUCAGCCUACAGCACUCUGGGUGCCACCAAGCCAUCUGUUCUAGUUAUACCAUCAGCAGGUAAAGAAGAAGAUGCCGUAAUACUUAACCUAAAGAUGAAUGAAGAGAACCUCACCGUGUCCUGGGAUCCACCAUCUCAGGUCUCUGAUGACCUGAGAUAUGUGGUGCAAUACAAACAGGCAGGAUGUCCUCCUGGCCAAGGGUUCGACUGGAUCAGAGUGAACAAAAGCCAGGAAAAAGCAUUUUUUCAAGGUCAGUUUCAAAAGUACAAAGCCUACAAAGUGUCUGUGUUCACCGUUUCAAACACAAAUGAAGUCCGUCAUCUCUCAUCAGCGAUUGGAUAUUCUCUUCAAAAAGCUCCAUCAACAGUACACUUAUUUAAGGUGGCUUCUAUUGCUGACACUUCUGUGACUCUUUCUUGGGAGCACGGUCCCCUCCCAGAGCAGACUGCCCGGAUCCUGUAUUACCAAAUUGUGUUGGAUACACAAAAAGUGUACAACGUGAGUUUAUACCCAAAUCAUCAAAGCAUGACUUUCACGCUAUCUGAGCUCAGUCAAAGCCAGGAUUAUGAGGUGUGGAUCAGAGCUGUAACUGAAGCUGGACCUGGAGCAAAUGUGUCCACAAGGUUCACAACAAAACACAGUCAAAAUCUUGGUUUCUUGUUAUCACUUGUGUCCACAUUCGCAAGUGUGAUAUUUUGUGUGUGUAUUGCUUAUACUUUACUCAGUGUUUGUCGAGGACCAAGCAAAGCGUGUCCAUUGAUGCCUUUGUGUGUCUAUGAAAAAGUGCCUGAUCCCCGCAACAGCCACAUCUUCAAACAGAAGAAGAACCAGUUUAAUGAGCCCUUGGGUUUGACGUGCAGUCCCUUUUGUGAACCACAGCCCAAGAUCUCUCUGCUGGAAGUUGUGAAAAUAAAGUCCCAGGAUUUAAACCCUGAGCCAGUGGCGGGAGACAAGUGCUCACAGAUGGACUCCUACGAUGCUCAGAGGAAGGAUGCUGUAGCAGAGGAGAGUGAAAGGAUAGACCGCAGAUAUGGAAGAGAGGCGUACAGCAAAAUGGUUGAUUCUGAUGAGGAGACAGGUGACGGCGAUAACUCCGAGGAAGAACAGUUCACAUCCGGUUAUGAGAAACACUUCAUGCCCUCUCCUUUUGACAUUCUCUAAGCUGGAUUACGCCUCCACACCUGAUCAAGGACAUUAACCGCAGACAUUUUUUGUCUGUUUGUUUUUAUAUGAGUUUAGAUGAUAAACUUUUGGAUAGCCUCUUUCUGGAGCAGAGCAGCUUGGGUUAUUGGAAAGCUUUGUCUGCUUAAGUUCAUGUUGGUCUUUAAGUCUCUGUCUCUAUCAUGGUUUCCAGCUUUUGCAUUAGUUUAUGAUUUUGGCGGGUUUUUUUGCCUGCUUUUUUAUUUCAAUUAAAGUUAAAGUUGCUUUCCAUCCCAUAUUUUGCCCAAUGUUGAUCCUGACUGUGAAGAUAUCAAUAAUUAUAUUUUUAAGAGGUGAACAUUUACUGGAUGUGCAGUAAUUUAUCAUUUCUUUGUAAUCCACACAUUUACCUAGACUGGAGCCCCUAAACAAAGUGCAUAAGCUCUGCAAAUGCCAUCCUUCCAUUUUCUGCUGGUUAUCCAAUCCAGGUUCAUAGGGUAAAUGAGAAUCCUUUAAGCUGACUUUAAAAUUACAGAAACUAUUUUGAAUUGUUUGCCGUUGUUGCCAGAUUGUAUUUGAAAUGAUCCAAAUCCUUAUUUCUUGUUUACAUUGUCGCACAGUAUACUUUAUAUUUUGAUAAAUAAAUUGU